AUGUCGAGGGAUGAAGCGGCUGACAUGGUUAAUUCAUUUCUAGGAGUUGAUCGGGAUGUUGUUAUGGGUCAUUUUGCCAAAAUGAACGGGCUCCAUCUGAAGCAUUCUGACGUGGAGGAUAUUUAUAGUGUUAACCAUGGAUUAGCUAAUAAAGCUGUUGCUGAAGGUAAGUCGGCGCAUGAGAUUAAGCUGUAUAGGGACAGGUCCAUACGGGCUUUCUUGCUAUUUUUGGUCUGUUGUACCAUAUUUAGCAACAAAAGCAGUUACUACGUGGACGUAGUAUACCUGCAGUAUUUUCAGGAUUUGUCGGCUGUCCGUGAAUGGAAUUGGGGUGCUGCUGCUCUGGUUCAUUUGCAACAUUAUCUGGAUGAUGCGUGUUUGGUGACAGUGAAUCAGAUGGCUGGGUACAUGUCUUUACUUCAGGGCUGGAUAAUUUCUCAUUUUCCGAGACUUAGUGUGUGGGCGCAGGAUCCUAUCUAUUCUGAGGGCAUGCCGCGAAAUGCAAAGUUUGUUCCCGGAGCUGGACAUGGGGAACCAAGUGGCUAUAGAAACAGUUUGGAUAAUAUUCAAACGUACGACUGCGUAUUCAGUCCAUAUGAUGAUCACCGACACAUCCGCCCUUUAAUAAAUUCAUGCUGGUUUUUUGGAUGGUUGAGAUGUGGUAAUUUGAAAGCAAAGCACUUGCCUGAACGCGUGCUUAGACAAUUUAAACAUGUCCAAGGCAUUCCAAGAAAACCAGAUUUGUCUGCGACUCCGGGGAUGAGCUUAUGUGAGAUUGAUCGCGUUUUUAUGGUGGAGUUGGAUUUGAGGAUGAUUGUUGAAGAGAUAAGGGGUCAGGCUGUGGUUAGCGCAUGA